CGCGUAGCCCUCGGAGCCAGAAGAGGGAGGAAAGGAAGACGAGACGGGGUUUCAUCAUGUUGGCCAGGCUAGUCUCGAACUCCUGACGUCAAGUGAUCCGCCUGCCUUGGCCUCCCAAAGUGCUGGGAUUACAGGAAUUUAGUGAUUGACAAUGGCAGAAAAAAUCUUAGAGAAGUUAGAUGUCCUUGAUAAGCAAGCAGAGAGAAUCUUGGCCAGAAGAACAAAGAUAAACAGGCUUCAGAGUGAAGGAAGAAAAACAACUAUGGCUCUACCCCUGACAUUUGAUUUUCAGUUGGAAUUUGAAGAGGCUGUUGCUACAUCCGCAUCUAAGGCAAUAUCAAAGAUCAAAGAAGACAAGUCCUGCAGCAUUACAAAAUCAAAAAUGCGUGCGUCUUUCAAAUGUGAGCCUGAACCUAGAAAGAGUAAUUUUGAAAAGUCAAAUUUAAGACCAUUCUUUGUUCAAACAAAUAUAAAAAAUAAAGAAAGUCAGUCAACAGGUCAAAUUGAAAAAAAACCUAGAAAACCAUUGGAUUCUGUUGGUCACUUAGAAGGUGAUAGAAAUAAAAGAAAAAAAUCUCCACAGAUGAAUGAUUUUAAUAUAAAAGAAAACAAAUCUGUCAGAAAUUAUCAAUUAAGUAAGUAUCAUUCAGUAAGAAAGAAAAGCUUGCUCCCGUUGUGCUUUGAGGAUGAAUUGAAAAAUCCACAUGCCAAGAUAAUCAGCGUUAGUCCAACAAAGACAGUAACUUCUCACAUGGAACAAAAGGACACAAAUCCCAUAAUUUUCCAUGACUCAAAAUAUGUACGAAUGUUACUUUUGACAAAAAAUAGAUUUUCUUCUCAUCCAUUGAAAAAUGAAAACAAUUACCCACAUAAAAGAACAAAUUUUAUUUUAGAAAGAAAUUGUGAAAUCCUCAAAUCUAUAAUUGGCGAUCAAUCUAUUUCUCUUUUCAAACCCAAAAAAACAAUGCCUACAGCACAGAGAAAAGAUAUACAGAUCCCCAUGUCUUUUAAAGUAGGCCACACAACUGUCGAUGAUAAACCAAAGAGGAAAACUAAUAAGCAGACACCAGAAAACAGAUCUUGGAAUACACUCUAUAAUUUCUCACAGCACUUUUCUAGCCUAACAGAACAAUUUGUGGGUUACCUUGAUAAAGCUGUUAUUCAUGAAAUUAGUGCCCAAACUGGAAAAUUUGAAAGAAUGUUUUCUACAGAAAAACCAACGAGCAUACCCACAUCCAGUGCCUCACCUGUCAAAUGUUAUUCAAAGCCUUUUAAAUAUAUAUAUAAACUAAAUAAUGUAACACCACUGGAUAAUUUAUUAAACUCGUCAAGUGAAAUUUUAAAUGCCUCAUAAAAUAUCAUGUAUGCAACAAUAUUGGAGCAACAAGAAGCAAAUAUCCAAGUUCCAAAAUUACAAAAGAAAUUCUUAUCCAAAUAGUAAUGUUCGAAUUGAUCAUAUAAGAAAGCAAAGCAUAGACAUUGGAAUUACAAGUCAGCAGUCAUCUGUUCAAGAACAAUCAACAUUUGUAGUAAAUAAUAGGACAAAAUUAGGAAAUAAUUAUCACCAAGAGGAUCUAGUUCAUGACUUUCUAUUAUCUCAAUUAGAUUGCUCAAUCAUCAGCCUUUCUAUACUAAACUCUGAUUCAGGACCAAGAACAGUAUAGUCUGACUCUGGAAAUGCGCUGUUGGAAGCCAAAUAACAUCAAUACUCUUUUUCUAUAAUUGAAUAUCAAAUAAGACAAAUUAUCAUUAAUUUAAUGAACGUGGAGUUAAUUGUAUAUCAGCAUUUCAGCAAAUCAUCAUCAAUAGUAUUACAUUAACAAUUUGUGCAAUUAAAAAGGCUUUGUAAAACUUUGAAUAGUUUUUUAUUAUUGUUAGUAGAUGUUGGAACUUCAUUAUUAUAUAAUGUUUUUGCAAACUUUAACUUUUUUCUGAAUUGUUAAAUAAAAGAAUAACUAUCCUUAA